CCAAUAUCCUGACAACAAGCAUGAGACUGCACGGCACAAUUUUCUUAGUUGCUUUUAAGAUUUUAACUGUCAAUCGACGACUCUGCCAUCUGAGUUCUGAGUCUGACUCAUCAAUCACAAAACCUAAAUUAAAAUAUAACCAUGGCAUUGUUUUAUCCACUUCACAAGAAAGAAAGAAAGCACAAAGAUGGUUGCAGAACCGAGGAAGAUCAUCAUUGACACUGACCCUGGUAUUGACGAUGCCAUGGCAAUCUUUUUGGCCUUGAGGUCACCGGAAGUUGAGGUCAUUGGACUCACUACCAUUUAUGGCAAUGUUUACACGACACUAGCCACAAGAAACGCCUUGCACUUGUUGGAGGUUGCUGAGAGAACUGAUAUUCCAGUGGCUGAAGGAUCUCAUGUCACUAUCACUAAAGGUACGAAACUUCGAAUUGCUGAUUUUGUCCAUGGUGCCGAUGGACUUGGAAACCAAAAUUUCCCUCCACCAAAAGGUAAGGCAAUUGAACAAUCAGCAGCUGCAUUUAUAGUUGAGCAAGCAAAACUUGACCCUGGGAAAGUCACUGUGGUUGCGUUGGGACCACUAACAAAUCUUGCACUGGCUGUUGAACUAGAUCCUGCAUUUGUAAAGAACAUUGGACAGAUAGUUCUCCUUGGUGGCGCUUUUUCGGUAAAUGGCAAUGUAAAUCCAGCAGCAGAGGCUAACGUUUUUGGUGAUCCAGAAGCUGCAGAUAUUGUAUUUACAUGUGGAGCAGACGUUGUGGCUGUUGGUAUUAAUGUCACUCAUCAAGUUGUUAUGACGGAUGCUGAUCGAGAGAAGUUGGCACAGUUUAACGGAAAAUUUGCUCAGUAUUUAAGCAAAAUCUUAGAGGUGUACUUUGCUUAUCAUCGUGAGGCAUACUCUACAAGAGGAGUUUACCUUCAUGAUCCAGCAGCUCUUCUUGUAGCUGUUAAUCCUUCCCUUUUCACUUAUACUGAGGGUGUUGUCAGAGUCCAGACCACUGGCAUCACAAGGGGACUCACAAUAUUAUACAACAAACAAAAGAGAUUUGCAGAGGUCACUGAGUGGUUGGACAAACCUACGGUGAAGGUAGCAGUCACGAUUGAUGCUCCAGCCGUUGUCAACCUACUCAUGGAUCGGCUUAUGGACUCAUAGAAAGAGUCAGACUAGAGAACCUGCCCUUCAUUACCAGUUCAGGAUGGCCCCAUGUGAACCAAUUAUGGAGCCCUUGUUGAAUUCAAUCAUAACUUAUGAUUGCAAUAAAACUAUUUCACGUAAUUAUCAUGUACAAAUAAUGUAACAAUUUGUUGAGCAACAUCAUUUGUCUCAAGCAUAUUUGAACAGAACCAGUUUGAAUUCAAAUAAGCAUUCCCAGAAAUUUAGCGACA